UAGCCGUCAGUCAGUCAUCAUUCAUUGCAUCUUUCAUUCAACUUAUUCGUGUUUUCAACACGAGUUAUUUUAUUUAUUAAAAUAAAUUGAAAAGUUAUAAAUAUGACGAAGAAGAAACUUUUACCGAAUCUAUCGAAGGAGGAGAAGAUGGUGAUAGUGAUAUCUGAAAUUAUACAAGAGUUGUUGGUUGCUCACCGUCAAGGGAAGGAUGUUAACCUCAAUAAGAUGAAGACCAGAAUCUCCUCCAAGUACGGCCUAGGAACGUCUCCGAGACUUGUGGAUAUUAUUGCGGCGGUACCUGCUGAUGCGAAAAGUAUAUUGUUGCCUAAACUGAAGGCUAAACCUAUCCGGACAGCGUCUGGAAUAGCUGUUGUUGCGGUUAUGUGUAAACCUCACAGAUGUCCGCAUAUAAACUUCACGGGUAACAUUUGUGUGUAUUGCCCUGGCGGUCCGGACUCGGACUUUGAGUACUCCACCCAGAGUUACACAGGCUAUGAGCCGACAUCGAUGAGAGCAAUCAGGGCGCGGUACAAUCCUUACUUGCAGACUCGACACAGAGUGGAGCAAUUGAAACAGCUGGGACACAGUGUUGACAAAGUGGAGUUUAUCGUCAUGGGCGGCACAUUCAUGAGUUUGCCAGAGGAUUAUCGGGAUUAUUUUAUUAGGAAUCUCCAUGACGCUUUAUCUGGACACACAUCCAGUUGUGUUGCUGAGGCUGUAAAAUAUUCAGAAAAGGCCAAAACCAAAUGUAUUGGCAUUACAAUUGAAACCAGACCAGACUACUGCCUGCAGAGGCAUAUGAGUGACAUGUUGAAUUAUGGUUGCACUAGGCUUGAAAUUGGUGUUCAAUCGGUUUAUGAGGACAUUGCUCGUGAUACUAAUAGGGGACACACAGUAAAAGCUGUCUGUGAGAAUUUUAAUUUGGCCAAGGAUGCUGGAUAUAAGAUUGUUGCGCAUAUGAUGCCUGAUUUACCCAAUGUGGAUUUUGAACGUGAUGUGGAACAAUUUAUUGAAUUCUUUGAAAAUCCCGCAUUUCGAGCUGACGGCCUUAAGAUAUACCCGACUUUAGUUAUUAGAGGUACUGGUCUAUAUGAACUAUGGAAGACUGGGCGAUACAGAAGUUAUCCUCCAUCAACUUUGGUUGAUUUGAUUGCAAAAAUACUGGCAUUGGUACCACCAUGGACUAGGGUCUACAGGGUCCAACGUGACAUUCCCAUGCCCCUUGUUUCAUCCGGAGUGGAACAUGGCAACUUGAGGGAGUUGGCGCUAGCUCGCAUGGCUGACUUGGGUACAGAUUGCAGAGACGUGAGGACCAGGGAAGUAGGGAUACAGGAGAUACAUAACAGAGUUAGGCCAUACGAGGUAGAGUUAAUAAGACGAGAUUAUGUUGCCAAUGGUGGAUGGGAGACAUUCCUAGCAUACGAGGAUCCAGAUCAGGAUAUAUUGGUAGGCCUCCUGAGGCUCAGGAAAUGUGCCUCGGACACUUACCGGCCAGAAUUGAAACCUGGUCCAAAUUCAAAUUUCAAGCAAUGUAGUAUAGUCAGAGAACUGCAUGUUUAUGGAUCAGUUGUACCUGUGAAUGCCCGCGACCCAACAAAAUUCCAACACCAAGGCUUUGGGAUGUUGCUAAUGGAAGAAGCGGAGAGGAUAGCUAAAGAGGAACACGGCUCCGACAAAAUGGCCGUCAUAUCGGGGGUCGGCACUAGGAAUUACUAUGCGAAGAUUGGCUACCACCUCGAAGGCCCAUACAUGGUCAAGAUGCUUUGACUGCAAUAAAGUAUUUAAUAUACA